GCCAUGUCUGAAAACGACCGGAUCAAGUUGGAGAGACUGACCGCUCGUCAGUAGUCGUCACUGUGAAAGAGUAAAUAAUAUAAGCAACCUCUUUGAGAAGCAAAACUAGAAUUUUUGUACCUUGUUUUCCUUCCCGUUUCAAUUCAACCAGCGUCUCCAAUCAGAUCUCUCUUUCUCGAUCAAUUGCUAUGACAACCUCCUUGAACAACAAUUUCUUGCCUCCCGGCUUGAUUUCCAACCUCCAACAGGUUUUGUCGUCCAGAAACGACGACGUAGAGCAGCGAUCCUCAUCCCUCCAUCAUCAUCAUCAUCAUCAUCAUCAUCUCGCUGAUUCGACCAAAAUCUCUUCUUCUUCUUCUUCUUGUUCUACUUCGUUGUCUUCUUGGUCAGAGGGAAAUAAGGACAGCCUGAGUACAAAGCCGGUGGUGUUGGUCACCAAUGCAGAAGGGAUAGAAUCUCCUGGUCUUACAUUUCUAGUCGAAGCUCUGGUUCUCGAUGCUAGUCUUGACGUCUGCGUUUGCGCUCCUCAACUGGAUAGAUCAGUCUGCGGUCAUUCUGUGACGGUUCGUGAAACAAUCUCGGUGUGUUCUAAUGAAGUGAGCGGCGCAAUUGCUUACGAAGUUUCUGGGACCCCAGUGGAUUGCGUCUCUCUAGCAUUGUCGGGUGCAUUGUUCUCUUGGUCAAGGCCUGCUUUGGUAAUCAGUGGAAUAAACAGGGGAUCAAGUUCAGGACAAAACAUGCUCUACUCAGGUGCCUUUGCUGGAGCUAGGGAAGCAUUGAUUUGUGGUGUACCAUCGCUGUGCAUUUCGUUGAAUUGGAAGAAGGAUGUAUGCUGCGAAAGUAACAUAAAAGACGCAGUAAACGUUUGUUUACCAUUAAUAUAUGCAGCUGUUGAAGAUCUUCAGAAGGGUGUUUUCCCUAAAAGCUGUCUGCUGAAUAUUGAGAUUCCUAGCUUUCCCUUGACAAAUAAGGGCUUCAAAAUAACCAAGCAGAGUCAGUGGAGGUCUUCUUUAAGCUGGCAAGCUGUCACAGCAACUAAAAAUUCUCCUGCCAGCCAUUACAUGUCAAAUCAGCAAAGCCUUGGUAUUAAACUAGCACAACUCAGCCGAGAUGCUUCUGCAGCCGGUGCAGCACGCCGCUUGAAUUCGCAACGGAAGAAUGUGGAGAUUGAAUCCGUCGGUAUUGCUGGAAAGCUCAGCUCCCAACUAAAAUUUAAGAAAUAUUUCCGUUUAGAGUUACUGGAAAAGGAGAGGGAAAAUGUGGAUGAGAAUCUUGAUAUCCGAGCUGUUGAAGAUGGAUUUGUAUCAGUUACUCCUGUUACCAUAUCUCCAACAGUUUCGUCUGAAAUUCAAAAUUCAGUAUCAAACUGGAUUGCUACGCACUUAUCAGGGACCAUUAAGCUUCCUCUGCCUGGCAUUAUAUGAUAAUUAGUGUACAUUAUUGGAAUUUUAUUUUAUUUUAUUUUUAUUGUACUUAUAUUUAUGUCGUCUGAUGGAAAAUUAUGUGGUGAUGUAAUAUUAUCAAGUGGAAGUGGAACUGACAUUCUUGCU